AUUUGACAUUGACAAGGCAAGGUUUUGAAAAUUUUAAAGUUCGUGAAAAAACUCACACAUGCCGCUAUUUUGCUGAAUAACUAAAAUAAUACUGUAUUUGAGGGCCUGAAAUUUUAGCAGAUUUGAUAACCAACCCCUAACAAUGGUCCGGGUAAUAACUCAGGAUACUUACGAUGAAGUGGUGAAGGAAAAUAUCGAUGAGUUUGAUAUGGAGCCUGAAGAAGCUAUGAAAGAGGCUAUAGCUCAGUUUGAGGCGCAGGGAGUAGAUCUGUCUCUCAUCAUCAAGGACCUGGCCCUGACUCCUGGGGACAAGCACCUGGUGGCCAUCACUGUGGACAAGCUGAAGGAGCUCUGUGCGGGAGAGACCUUUGAGGAUGAGCUGAUCAUGAAACAGUUGGAGGUUUUGAGGUCAGAAUGUGAAAAGGAUUUAGCAAGAAGAAUAAGAGCUGGCAAGGAAGGCGCUUACAAUAUACUCAUCAAGCUUCUUGAAGCGAGAUACAAGAUGUACCAACAGGAUAAGAGUGAAAAGGAUGCAGCAUUCAUUGUAUCAGUCCUCAAUACAUUAGCAGCUUUGAUGGACAUCCAGCCUGAUUUGCUAGAGAUCAAAGGCAUAGAUUUGAUAAAUAGCAUGCUAAGUUCAGUAACAAACGAAGACAUUCUAGUGCCGCUCCUGAAGUGGACGUGCGUGUGUUGUGUCCGGCAUGAAAUGAACCGACAGAAUCUCUUCAGCAAAGAUAUGAUAGAGAACAUCAAGCGGUUACUGGACAACCAGAAGAACAGAAAGAUCCUAAGCGGCACACUACAUCUAGUACGAGUUUUAACUCUAGACGAUGACAUUAGAGUUGAGUUUGGCAAAGCACAUGAUCAUUCAAAGGAGUUGGGAGCUCAACUCAUAGAGAAAUUAGCUGCACUUUUAAAAGGAAACCCCUCACCAUCCCUGCUCUCAGAGCUGAUGCUGACCAUGUCGAGUCUGCUAGUCCGCAACGAGCUGUGUGCCAUGGCGGCAGAUUCAGUGGACACCCUGCUGGCCGCCAUCUCCGACAACUGCGGGGCCGCGGCUACAGCUACCCAGGGGUGCCGCCUAAUAACGGCAUUGGCUGGCAACGACGACGUGAAGAGAAGGCUGGUCCAGAGCGGAGUGGCGCCCAUCGUGGUCGGACUGUUGAACCUGCAUAUGAGCAACGCCUCCACAGCGGCAAUAAUCCUCAAAUGCAUAGCGGCCCUAGUCCUUCGCGAGCCGACACACAGCGAACAGAUGUUCGCGAGCGGAGCGCCCGACGCCAUACUCGAGUGUAUGAACUCACACGCCGACAACUGUGCUGUGCAGAAAAACGGCUGCUGGGCGAUUCGCAACAUGGUCGCUAGAUGUCGCGAGCAAAACGCAAAGUUCCACGAACUGGGUGCGGAAGCCAUCUUGAAUAACGCAUACGGAAGAUUCGAGAAGGAAUUCGGGUUCGACAUCAAAGCUGCCUUGAGGGACCUUGAGUGUGAUGUGAAGUUAGACGAACAGUGGACGGGGAAAGGUGUUCAGAUGGAACAGUAGAUUUGGAUUGUUUAGCUUGAUGAACACUCUUUUGUUUUGAGUUUGUGUAACCAGUUUUAUGGCUCGAUAUUAUACUUAGUACCUAAUAUACUGAAUAUGUCAGAACAUCUCACACUCGGCCAUACGGCCCAAACUAGGCAGAGCCUGUUAUAUGGUAUCGGACAAAUACUUGGUAUCUAUAUGGUUGAAUGGCACUAUCAUUCCUUAAAGGCUGUUUGAAAGUGGUAAAUCCACUAAGCCUUUUACUAAAAUAAUUUGCCACAUAGUUGUAAGAAGUAAGAUAUAAAUAUUGGGCGUAAGCAAUGAAAUUUGUUGAAGUAUGCUUUGUAACAAAUUAUCUCUUUAUAUUGCCUAAUGAUAUUAAAUAUUAUUUAAGACUUGUAUUUGUACAAACUAAAACACUGCCUUGAAAAUUUAAAAAGUAUUUAUUGAUCACAAUAAAAAAAUUAUAACACAUUUUUUACAAUUA